AUGGACCGAUACGCAAUCGUGAAACCGCGUGCUCGGCUACAAAAGCUAACCGUACGCAUACAAAAGCUUACAGAAAGGUAUGUGGCGGGAACACCGAAGGCCAAGUUACAACUCCUAGUGCUGGAAAUGCUUGAAGUGAGGAAAGGAGAAUUCCUUGACGAAAUCAAGCAGAUUGACGCGGUGCGCGGUCAGCAAAACACACCGCAUUCUCCAGCUCCUGAGACCGAUGACGGUCAGAAUCGAAGUGCAACACCUCCUUUGGGGGAUCCGGUAAUAAACGAAACCGACGAAAGGACGGGGACUCCUUUCACCGAGCAACUUGAAACUGAUCAACCUGGGGUUUCCGAACCGGGUGUCACAGAAGAAAGGGUCAAGUCCCUUAUUCAAGAGUUUGCCGACUCAACGGUCCAACCAUUACAGGAGAAAAUCAAGAAAGCCGUGCGCCAAACACUCUUGUUCGCCGAAAAGACGAGGGAUGAUCUCGUAAAAGCAGAGGACCGGAUCACAGUCAUCGAAAACGAAUACCGGGACGACGUAGUUCUGCACAACGAGCAUUAUCAACAAACCGAGGACUUGGAAGAUAAGACCUCAAGGAUAGUAGAUGACAUGGAUCGGUUUGAAAGGGAAACCGAGCAACGAUUCAAAGAGGUCGAUGAGGACCUAGGGCGGUCAAGAAAUGAAGUCGGCUCGACACUUGACAGGGUCACAGAUCUGGAAAAGAAGAAUGCACGCCUUGAAGACCGCAACGACAAGCUUGAAGCUGAUCUUAAGGCGCUAACCGAACAGGUCAAUGAGUUGAUAAAUGCCAAGAUCAAUGCUGACAUAGCGGUUGAGGAAGCAAACGCCCGAGCGGCUAAGGAAGUCCAAGAUGCGCUGGACGAAGAAACGCGGAGAGUAAAGGAGGCAUCGCGACUGUCUAAGGAGGAAAUAGCCGAGCGCGAACGAAACACUGCGGCUAAAUAUCCGGGACUUGCGAAGUCCGUGGCAGCUCAAGCGGCCAAAGACGUAGAGCGGUUAAACGCACAAAAACAAGGGCUCGAAGAAUAUGCCAGGGCUCACAAGAAGAAAAAGGCAGCUUCUUCCUCUGCGGUUCCGGCAAAACGAAAACGGAAAGUUUCUGCAAGGAAGAUGUUGGAGAGGAUCACCGAAACAAAUAUCGAUACUCCACCAAACCCACAGCAAAUCGAGGAUGAAGACGAAGAGCAUCUGGAGCAGCGUUCUACAAGACAACGAGUCUCCGAUACGGUUCCAAUCAGCACAGUUGGUCAACCGCAAGCUGAAGGUUCAUCUUCAAGACCGGAUCAACGGGAUGAGGAAGAACCGACCGAUGAUAUGAUGGACGGCUUCAGAUUUUCCGAAUCAGAAUAG